CCUUCCCCUUUGUCCUACUACGCUUGUCACAAAAUGACAAGAAAGAAUUUUUCGAGAUAAUUAAAUCCCCAUCUUACAUUUUUCCCUUAUAUAAAGCUGCCUUUGUUCCCCCCUCAAAACCACUCUCUACAUUUUCCAUCUUCCUCAAUUUAUCUCUUCAUCAAUAUAACACAAGAUGGGAGAUAUUAUUGAUAAUGAGGAAGAGUUCUUGAGUCUUACACUUGCUAUAGUCACAAAUUCAUCAUAUUGUGAGAGGAAGAAUAUUAAUAAGAAAAUCAAGAAGAGGAAGAGGAGGGAAUUGGCUUUCAUCAAUACUUGGGAUUUGAAUGAAAGUUGUGAAGGAAAAAUAUUUAGUCUAUUGGAGUUGAGAGAAGCCAUGCUAAAAAUUGAUGUAAACAAAAAGGGUGUGGUUGAAGAUGGAAAAGGCCUUCACCUAAUCCACUCAUUGCUUAUUUCUGCCACAUCAAUUGAUGAAAAUAGCAUGGAUUUAGCUGUUGAAAACCUUCAUGAACUAUACCAAAAUGUUUCCUUAGUUGGAGAUUCUGUCCAAAGGGUUGCUGCCUAUUUUGCUGAUGGAUUAAUAGCGAGGCUAUUAACGCGAAAAUCACCAUUUUAUGACAUGAUAAUGAAGCCUCCAACACAAGAAGAAGAGUUCUUGGCUUUCACUGAAUUUUACAAGGUCUCUCCUUUUUAUCAAUUUGCUCAUUUCACAGCUAACCAAGCCAUUCUUGAAGCCUUCGAAAAAGAAUUAGAAUAUAACAAUGGAUUCUUGCAUGUUAUUGACUUUGACAUAUCCUAUGGAUUCCAAUGGCCUUCUCUUAUUCAAUCUCUCUCUGAAAAUGCAACCACAUGUAAUAGAAUCUCCCUCAAGAUCACUGGCUAUGGAAAAACAAUCGAUGAAUUGAGAGAAACCGAGACAAGGCUUGUUAGUUUUACAAAGGGUUUUCGAAAUUUAUCUUUUGAAUUUCACGGGGUUUUAAGUGGAUCUAAACUUAGUAACCUAACAAAAAGGAAGAAUGAAACAUUAGUUGUAAAUUUGAUUUUUCAUUUGAACUCAUUAAGCACUUAUUCCAAGAUUUCAGAGACAUUGAAAGAAGUCCAUGAUCUUUGCCCUUCUAUAGUUACUAUAGUGGAACAAGAAGGAUGCAAAAGCCCUCAAAUCUUCUUGCCAAGAUUCGUGGAGUCAUUGCAUUAUUUUGCAGCCAUGUUUGACUCAUUGGAUGAUUGUUUACCUGUUGAUAGUAUAGAAAGAUUGAGCAUUGAAAAAAACCAUCUUGGGAAAGAGAUCAAGAAUGCUUUGAACUAUGAUCAUAAAGGUGGCAACAAUAAUAUUUACUCAUCAUCAAGAUAUGAACAGAUGGAGACAUGGAAAGGGAGAAUGGAAAGCCAUGGAUUUUUAGGAAUUCCAUUGAGUUGUAAGAAUAUAAUGCAAGCAAAGUUGCUUCUGAAAAUAAGAAGUCAUUCUUGUUCUCCAAUACAGCUUGAUGGAGGAAAUGGAGGGUUUAGGGUUUUUGAAAUUGAGGAUCCAAGAGCCAUUACUCUAGUAUGGCAAGAUAGGUCAAUUGUCACAGCAUCUGCAUGGUAUUGUGUAUUGUAAAAACUAUUCUAACAUAUUCUCCAAUUCCUUUCCUUCACUGU